GCAAAUGUUGGAGAGCCUCGUAGCUAAGGUCAUCAACAGCUACGUUGGCAGGUACUUCCGCAAUAUUAACUCAGAUCAACUCUCUCUUGGAUUGUUGCAGGGAAGUGUUGAGCUGGGAGACCUGCCUCUGAAACCAAGCGCCUUCAACGAACUAGAUCUACCUGUUCGGGUAAUCGCCGGAUCAGUGUCCAAGUUCAAACUAAACGUGCCCAUAACCCAACUCAAGUCCUCCCCCUGGAAUGUCACCAUUGAUGGACUGUAUGCUAUUCUGGGACCGAAGCAGACCGAAAAAGGAACAAGAAGUGUGAACGAACAGUUUAACAAACAGAAAGCUUUGGAUGAAAUUGAAAAGAACUUCAAAGACUCGCUCAGUAAUAGUUCGAACUUAGAUGCAGCCGCUUACUGGUUUGACUUUUCCGCCAUUGUCGCAAAUAUAGUGAACAAUUUACAAGUAACAGUGACAAAUAUUCAUGUUCGUUAUGAAGAUUUCAACCAACAAGAAAAGAAAAGGUUUGCUUUCGGAGUGGUCCUGGAAAAACUGGAAAUCCGAAGUACAGACGCCAACUGGGAACCAGCGUUUGUCAUGUCCACGAAAGGUGUCCAUAAAGUGGGCCAUAUAUCAUCCCUUAGUGUGUACCUAGAUCAUAGCUGUUCCCAUUAUUCACAAACUGAAAAUGCAGACCAAAAUUUGAGGACCUACUUCAGCAAUGUCUCAACGAGCGAAUUGGGAAACUCGGCAAACCUUUUGAACAUUUUGCAGUGCGGUGCCAAAUAUUUCAGAAAUUUAUCGCCAUUACCUCUGAAGUCAAAAACGAAGCCCAGAAUAUCAUUAGAGCUGAGUAUAAACGAAGUUCCCAUCGAAAUAUCGGAGUUGCAAGUUAGAUCUAUUUUGUUUUUAAUCAAUGAGAUCGAACGACAUGAAAGAACCAAAUUUUUCAAAAAGGAGUUACCAAAUGUACCAGUGAUUGGAAAUGCUAAACAAUGGUGGUGGUAUGCUUAUAGAUGUACAACAAAGCUACUUAGUCUUCCGGUGUCAGUUGACAAGACAUUGCAGAACAUUCGCGCAAUUGUCAACUAUACAAAAUUGUACGAGAAAUUUCUUCGAGGGAAAGUUUUGACGAUUGAAGAGAAACAGCAGAAGACUUCUUUUGAGCUGAAUCGAGACUUUGAUGUGAUUGUAAAGCUACGUGGAAUUGCUUUCGGAAGAGUUGCCAAAGAAGUUUCGUACGAGAGAAGGCUAGCUCUCGAAAGUCAGAGUCCUUCCACUAGUUCAAGUAGCGAAGCGAUUAGUGGGAAACGUGGUUGGUUUGACUGGUGGUACGGGAACAAUGUAGCAGCUGCGAGUUCCCCUAGGAGUGAGAAGGCGUCUCCCGAGAAAGGGUUUGACCCGGGAGGUGCGCCGACUGGGUCUGAGAACGUAAUCGUAGACGAGGAGGAGCUAUUCGGACUCAUUUCAGACGCAGCCACCGAUUGUAGUCUAAGAAUGGUGGACUAUCUCUACGCCAAAGUGAAUAUCUCGUUACAGUCUGGCUCCUUGACUGUAAAAAGUGACAAUCAAAAAUCAAAGCAUUCGGAAAUUGUUCAGAUUAAAUUCACAGAGUUGUCGUGGGAUAGCAGGAGCUACCCAAGAUUAAACGGUGCCAAGUACUCAUUAAGUUUGCUAGACUUGAAAGUGUGGAACAAGACGCUCAAUUUAAACUGCCCGUUAGUGUGCAAACGAGAAGUUCCAGAAAAGUAUAAAAAGGGGUUCCAGAGUCUGUUGAGUCCAGCGUUGUCGCCCGAAAGCAGUUUCGCAGCGCCUGGGAUGAGUAAUGUUGAUUCCCCUGAACCUUCAAAGUUAUUUGACUACACUUAUGAAAGGUACAUGUACAGACCAGGGGUAUUUGAACACAAGUAUGUGUUACAGACUCAGCCGAUUGACGUAGUCUUUGACCAAACUAUUGUGAAAAUGGCCUCCAAGUUGUCUAAGCUGCAAUUCGAGUACUCCAGUGUUUCUAGACUCGAAAAAGAGGUCUAUCAAAGGUACAACCAGAUCAAAAAGCAGACCAACUCCAAUGUAAAAAGCGCUCUAGCAGUUCUAUUAGAGGGGUCAAGUCUGAAAACCCAAGACAGAUUCAGCGUGCUCGUUAAUGUUUCUGCGCCCAUGAUUUACAUAUACGCAAAUAUAGAAUCAAAGGAUUCUCAAAUUGUCGGAGUCGAUUUGGGAAAGAUAACUUUCUUCAACGAGAAAGGAAAGCACGACGCAUUGAAGGAUUCAGUUGAUUGUGCGUUGGGUCAAAAUGAACAAAGCGUGAACAUGAAGCCAGCUGGUCAAAAUUCUGACGAUGAAGAUGAAGAUUUUUUGACUCCGCCAAGUUCCCCUCCAACUGGUCAACUUAGCCCAGCUCAACCUAACCAGCCGCAACCAGCCAGCGGAAUCAAUUCACUGCAAACUAAUCAAAAGAUACCAGAUCGAAAUUCAGAUGCUCCUGCUUUUUACAAACGCUACUGUUUACUGCUAUCUGACAUGCAAGUGUUCGCUGGAAGGCGAAGUCAAAACUGGGGUGAAACGUAUCUGAAAGGGAAAUCCAAUCUAAGUUUGCUAGAGAGGUUUUCAGUGAAUCUGUCCCUUGAUAGAUGUAUAGCAACUAGGGCCUUGCUGAAUGAUGCAAAUGUUAUUGUUCAAGGGAGCAUGAGUGAUAUAAGACUUCGGUUCAGCCAAGACAAACUAGUUUGUCUGCAUAGUUGUCUAGCUCAACUUUCGAACAAAAAGUCUGCCGCGAAAACAUCCCAGUCAAAUACAAAGUCAGAAAAAGUCGAAUCAAAUAAAGAAGAUUUCAAAAACGAGAACUUGUUGUCCAGUAAAGUAGACGAGAGCAAAUUGCAGCUUCUCUGUCAAUUUUCGGUUUCAUUGAUUUCAGUUGCGCUUCAUUCUGACGAGAAAUCGUUGGCAGAAUUCCAUGUUUACUCUUCCUCUUUGUCGUUUAGGAAGUACCCCUAUCAUCAAGCAUUGUCCUGUAACAUAAGAGACGCUGUCUUAGUUGACGCUGUCCAGCGCUACGGGCCAGAAUUCGAUUUACUACUGGCGUCCACGCACGAAGGCUUGCAGGGAAUUGAAAUGACACAUUUUGAUCCUCACAGCUCAAAAUCUUUGAUUCACGACUCAGUUCCUGCAGUCAAAAGGGUUUCUAUUUUCGAUGAACUGGAAAUGAGCAACAAAGGUCUGAUCCAGAUAAAUGUGGCUAAAUACUCGAGACACCACUCGAAUAAUGAUAGUCAAAGUCCGAAGAUCGCCUGCAAUUGUAAGUUCAGCAAAGUUGAAGCAAUUGCUAACCAGAGAACCAUUUUUGAGUUGGUGAAAUUCUGCGACAAAGUCUUAACAGCCUUAAAUUCUGAAGAAGAGCCACUAUCGAAAGAAUCUGAAUCAAUAGGAGAAAACGAACAAGCACAGAACGAAGACGCUUCGGAAUCCACUCCCAGGAAAAGUUUCAAUUUGGAUCUUGAAUUAGUCGCAGACGAAUUUGUCGUAGUUUUCAUUCUAAUGAGCACUGCUGAUUCUGAAGUAGCAACUAAGUUCGCUUCUCUGUCGCUCGGAAACUUGUCAGCCAAGGUUGAAAAAUUUGACAAUGACGACAUUAUUGUAAAAGCUGCAAUGGGAACACUGGUAUUGAACAAACUAAACUCCUCGGAAGAUGUCGGAAAUUGUUCGAAGAAUCUUCCGCCAUUUCGGUUUUACAUGGCAGAUAUGCAUCCCCAGGAAAGUGGAAUUCCGGCAGUAUCCGUUGAAUAUGUCUAUAGAACAGGCUACAAACACUCUUCAGUUCCUAAGUCGAUUACAGCCUAUAACUCGAGUCUGAUUGCUGAAAAUGAAUGCUCUCUACAAAUCAACAUCUUAGGAGCAUUUUGUCUUUUUGACGCCCACUUUUUCAGUUCGCUCAAACAAUGUGCCGAGGAGUUCAAAUCUUAUUUGUGGAAGAUUAAAUCAAGUUUAGUUUCAAUCGCAAAGGCAAUCACGAGCUCGAACGAGAACAGCGAGCAAUUAGAUCUUUCUCUGUUCAUAGAGAGUCCGGUUUUAAUUUUGCAAGACUCCUCUUUCGAACACGAGGUCUUAGUUUGUCAUCUGGGGGCGCUUUAUUCGAGAUCGAAUCUGGAAAAUUUUGAAAUUAACCUUACAAAUUUCAAGCUCGAGUUAAAAGGCUUGCUAGAAUCUUCGCCUACUGAAUUCAAAAAAAGUACUUCGACGGCUAGCUACAUCGAAUUGGUCUACAAUGCAACAACUUUGCUCCAAAUAGCGAAUGAGAUCUCAAUCACUGCAAAAGUUGGCAUAAGCGCUGAACUCCCUAUUUCUGUGAAUAUCUUGGUGGAAAACGUCGCUAUUUUGUCUUUGACUAAGCAUGUCUAUAAGUUCAUGAAAACGAUAGUUGCAUGCUGCAAAACAAAUAAUUUUAUAGUCAGUGACCGAAGUCCAAAAAGCCCCCAGUCCUCUAGUCGCUUAGAACGACAGUACUCGUCCCUAUUUUUUCCGAACUCAAAAAGGGUAGAGGAGAGUUCCAUGUGGGAUGGUAUGGAGACUGUUACCGACAGCGAGUCAAUCGAAGAAACUGAAUCGACAAGUCAGAAAAUAAGUGCAGCAAUAACUGCAAACUGUGUAAAGUUUGUGCUGUUGGAUUAUCAGCAAAGCGAAAUAAAUUGCUGUAAAUUUGACGAGUUUAGCGUUCUGCUGGACAAGGAUGCUGCUCUGACUAAAUUGAGUGUGAGUCACUCGGGAAUUGUAAUCACAGAUCUGUUCUCAAAUCAAACGCAAAGUCGCUACGAAGUCUACGAUGAUAAGAUUUUUGAGUUUAAACCUGCUGCCAGUUGUGUGAAUCUUGCAACUGUUGAAUUCAAAAAAGGACAGGAUCCUCAAAUUGAUGUGAACUUCGGAGACAUUAGCCUGAAACUUAACCUACAAACUUGGGUGCAUAUUUUUGACUUUUUUAGCUUUGGAACGAAAGCCCAUCCAUCUUUGUUAGCUGCUAAUUCAGCCGCUACGGAAACUCAGAGCAGCUCCCAAGUAAUAGAAGAAGCCAAGAAAAGAUUUGAUUUGAAAGCCAAGUUUUCGAAACUGGAAUUAAUUCUUGCCAAACCCACCUACAACAUUGCAAAGAUGGUGGUCAUGAAUACCUGUGUUUUUUUGAAUGUGACUUCAGAAGCGUUCAAUUUCGACCUGGAACUUGGAAGUUUUUCGAUUCUAGAUGAGUCUCCCUGGUCUAAAAUUUACAGCCACCGAAUGCAGACUGAAAAGAUUGAUCGGGCUCUAAAGGUGAAACUACGCAAGUACACCUGUCCGGAUCCAGAUCUCAAUAGACAUUGCGACAUAGAGUUUGGACUCGAAACUGGAAAGUUAACUUACAUUCACACUGCCAGAAUGCUCUCCGAAAUCAAUAAUUUCUUCCAGUACUUUUCCAAAAUGCUGCUUAUGUACCAGUUUAUGAAUGCCAAUAGAAGUGGUCAAAAAAUGUCAGCAUUGAAACACGGAGCCAGAAUCCAGUUCGAUGUCUGUGUCCCUGAAGUUGAACUAAUUUUGCCUUAUUCCUACGAUAGCCGAGACAUUUUCGUCGCUACUUUAAAAAGUUUAGUAGUUCAUAAUUCUUUCACUUUGUUAGACGAAAAUCUUGAGGAAGCAGACAAGGAUUCGGUCGGACCGAAUGAUGAAAACGUUUGCCUUGGAGACGAGCUGUCGCUUAAAAUAGAUAGCGUAGAGAUAAUAACGGCAUACUAUUCAAACGAUAAAAACACGUCCAAAUACGAGAUCAGAAAUAACCUAUUUGAGAAAGCGUUCGUUUUGGAAGUUGAAGUGAUCAGGAACUUGGACGGAGACAACUCCCGCUUGAUUCCAGACAUGACAAUAAGGUGUGAAGUGCACGCAUUGGUCAUCAAUGUGAAAGAAGAAGACAUAAGAUUGUUUAAAGGCAUGUUGAAAUAUAACUUUGGAGAGAACACAAGUGACCUGUGCUGGCCAUCAGAUAACAUAUACAUUCAAAGUCAGCAGCAGCAGCAGACACUUGCUGAAAGUGUUGCAAUAUGGAGGAAAUUGAACUUUCACUUGUGCCUAAACGACACCACAUUCAAAGCCUACUGUCCAAAAAACAAAACCGCUUUUGCCCAACUUUCCUUCUCCGAUUCGAAGUUGGACCUUUUGACUUUAUCAGACGGGUCUCUUAAGUUUGAGUUAGGAUCGUCGUCAUUCUUGCUCGAAGACGUGAGAUGUUCCGGAGAUUUUCCAAUCAAUCAGAAGCCAAUGAGCUUCACUCAUAUUCUAAAGCCAUCUGACUCGCGAAAGGUCUCUGAGCCUCAAUUACAGAUUAACUUCUCGAGCAACCGCGUCAACAAGGUUUUGUCAGGAAUUCUUUCAAAUGUCGAGGUGUUAUGCAAUCUGGAGUGGAUUCUGAUGUUUCAAAAUUUCUUACUCAAAGCUCCAACUCACGUGUCUCAAUCGAUCCCUGUUGAAAAGAGUGAAUUUUUUUCGACCAGUCGAGUUUUCGCGUCAAACUUCGCUCCUAGAUCUGUCUUUGGAGGACUUGGUUCAAUCAUGACCAACCAGUCAAGUAAUCCUUUCCUAAAAUCUUCACAGAAAGUACUUAAGAUUGACGUUUCAGCAGGUAGCAAAGCGAAGUCAGACGAGUUUAAAAUCACUCUGAACGCGGCCAAGCUCGUUUUGCUUGAAAAUGUUAACGAUUUAGAAAGUCCGGCAAUUAUAAUUCAAUGUUCCGCUUACAUCAGCGUGUCUCCCAAAUCAUCUGACGAAGUAGCUAAGCUAAGUAUUCGUGAGGUUGAGUUACUUUCUUGUGUAUACCACGCUGCAAAUCACACCAAGUUGUCAAUCAUAGAACCUUUGAAAGUUGAUAUCGAAGCUCGAUGCCUGGAAUCGGGACUGGCGUCGGUAACCCAAUCUUCGAACCAGAAGAAUUGUCACCUGGAGCUGAAUGUUAGUCCCAUCAUUACCAGACUGUCGUACCAAGACUUGGUUCUCCUUUUAUCCAUGAUGCAGUCAUACAAAGUCACAUUUAUGACAGCGUCCAGUGUUUAUAACGAACAGAUAUCGGUUGAUGUUGGAAAGCUGGCGUUUCUAGUUGAGAUGGGUUACUCGAAGCAACAAUGUGAAAUUGCUCUGAAAAAAUUUGACGGCGAUCCUAACAAAGCUUCAAUGUGGUUAGUAGAAGGCAGCUUGGAACAGAGUAGUGACGAUGAGAAAAUCCUAGCAGAUAUGGGGAAUCCCAACAACCAUAAAGUUACUUUGAAAGUUGCGACUGUAGAUGUGAUUUUUGAGUCCGUUUCUUUGUUUCUAAUUGAUGAUACCAAAAGUGCUGACUUGCCUUUAUUGCAUGUGAACAUCAGCUCUUGUUCAGGUGACGUGAAUGUGAAAAAAUCUGAAUGGAAUCUGACAACCCAACUUUUUGUCAACAGCUUCAACGCCUAUUUAUCCGGCUGGGAAUCUUUGAUUGAGCAGUGGAGCUUCCGUGUUAAUUGCAGGAACCAAAGUGUAACUUGCUCCAAAAGAGUUCUCGUCAUUGAAUCGGAUAGAGUACUUGACUUCAAUGUUACUCCUGCUACGCUAGAGUUAGUUAACCAUUUGAAUAAAAUUUUCCAAAGUGGUUUUAAUCGGUGCCGAAACACGUUGAAAGGUCGCUCGUCCUUCUCGCCAUAUGUUAUUGAAAACAAGCUAGGUCUCUCGAUCUCAUUUGCGACAUGUGAAAGAUUACUCCCGUUCAAAAAAAACGAAAGGUUCUUGGAUCUGAAAUGGAAGAAUCUUGCCAGUAAUUCCUCCAUGCAGUUCGAUUUCACUGGAAAAUCAGAUAGAAGAAAUGUGACUCUGAAAUCUCACAUUGAGAAGCUAUUGCAUCUCCAAAUCCGGGGAUAUUCUAACAUUGCUCCCUUGUCAGUGAACGAAGUGGGAACGUAUUUGCGCACAACUUUGUCUAUAAAUCCGGCAAUCAAAAUGAAAGAGCGAGUGUUACUACACGUGGGAUUUUCAAAAGAGCUGUCGAAACGAGUCGUAACUGUAACUUCGGGCCUGGAAAUUGAGAACCUUCUGGGCGUAGACAUCACUGUACGUUUCGACACGUCUUCAGGGCGUGUUUCCCCGAGAAAUGAGUUCAAAAUUGUGAUAGGUGAAAUUUUUAAUGUGCCGUUAGAUUUGGUCUAUACAGACAUUUACAUAAAACCAGAGCUUGCUGAUUCCAAAGUGUUUCCAAGAAGAACGAUCGAAUGGGAGUCUGUAAAGAUUCCGGGGAUUACGUCUAACUUUGAAGUAACAUGUUUGCUGAAUGACAAAAGAAUCUUCCGAUACAAUGCAUGCAUCCACUCGAGAGCUCUUCUUAGGAAUCCCUCGAACGUUGAGGUCACUCAGCCAAGCCACUCUAUCAAAAUAUGCCCCGUCCUCGUGAUUCAGAACUUGCUCCCAGUUCCGUUUUCAUUGGAUGUGUCCAACGAUAAAGAUGAAAUUGUUCCAGUUACAAUUGAGCUGGAACAGAAGUCAAUCAGGAAUGUGCAUAUGGUCGACCUGUCAGAGACACUCAAGUUCCAUGUCAGAAUUGAAGGAUUCCGUCAUCGUCAUCCGCUUGUUAUAAAUAGUGAAGCAGUUGGCAACGGAGUUUCACUGCUGGUCAAACUGUUUGACAUGAACAAUCGACCUCUGAGUUUGGAAGCGAGGAUUCUCUCUACCGUGAGCGGAGGUCUAAAAAUAGACAUAUACGCAGCUUACUGGUUAAUCAACAAGACUGGAAUUCCUCUAGUCUUCAAGCAAGUAGAGUGUGACUGGGAGGUUCCUGGUCAGACAGAAGAAAACGAGGUGGCGACAUGCAGCACUCCAAUCAUGAUGUCAUUUGCAGCUGGUAGCCUGAGGUCUCUUUCUGUCCGAAGUGGAUCUAAACCGAAUACAUCAACGUGGAGGCCACCUCCCAGAUGGUCAUCGGACAAAGUAUACUGUGACUACUUUAAACCAGGUCAUGGCUUAGUCUCGGUUGAUUUCUCGGCAGAGGAAACCCGAAGUUAUCUCUCAAGUGGCGAAAUUUCAAAGACUUACUCCUUCUCCUACGAAAUUUUUGAAGGGAAAGAUGAUCACGCGAACACAAAUUUUAUCGUUGUUAAGCCGACUUAUAUGUUGUUCAACUAUACUAACAUUGAGUUGUUUGUAAAACAGGCCGGAACUGUUGAUCGAUCAACCCCAGAUUAUUACCACGUAUUGGCCGGAAGCUGCACCAGUUUCCAAUGGAAUGCUGACGAUGUAUCCGGGCUGCUUGCCGUCAGAUUAGCGAAAAAAGACUCUAUUUGGUGUGGUGGGUUCUGUAUUUCGGGAUCAUCUUCCAUUGAUAUCUACUUGCGAUCUAAGGACCGGUUUGUGCCGAAUAGCAUAGUACAUGUAGACGUAGUUGAAAAGAAUUCGCAACAUUUGGUAUACUUCCGAAAUAAUUUCCUGCCACCUCAGUAUGUUAUCCAGAACGACUCGAAAGUUGAGGUGCAGUUUCGUCAAGCAGACUGUCCUAGUGAUAAAUUGGCAGAAUUUACCAGCUUGGUGCCACCUAAGAGUUCCUUACCAUUUUGUCUUGACUUCUCUAUGCAGCACGCACGAAUCAAAUGCAACGUGCACCAAAGUCAUUCAGUACUAAUAGAUUUAGACGACGAGAAAGAAUCAUUGUCCAUGGAGUACGAAACAUUUACAAUUUUUGGAGUCCUUCCUGUCAAAUCAGACGAAGAAUCGUUCAAAACGCAGUCCUUGUCCGCUGAAACACUAACGUUAGACGUGACAACGACUGGUCAAGUGGUCUUACAACGGCGCUCAGUUUCAAGAAAUGAACAAAUCUGGAGAUUAAUGCCAAAUGGGAUGAUACGCAACGAGGGCAAAUCAAAGAGCUUCGAUGCCGACAAUGCUGUGGACGGAGUAAUGUAUAAGGGAAGCUUGGUUCUAGAUGUUGCUCCUCAAAGAAGGACGCUACCGACUCUGAAUGAUAAAAGUUCAAGUGGCAGUAGUGCCUCGACUUCCGAAACUGUGUAUGUGCUAUGUGUCCGACAAGCAGAAAAGGGAAAACGAAGUCAGUUAUGGCGAAUGGAUUCUGAGGUACGACUUGUGAACGAGUUCUACGGCAUGUCAGUUUGCCCGCAACAACUGUCGGCCAACUCUUUAGUGUUGCUACAGAACCUGAACACCCAGAGAAAUAAUACAACGUUCAAGCUGCAAAAGUUCAAACUGAAGCCCGGAUCCGGAAAAUUAGUCACAAGCAUGAAGUUCCAGGGGCCGACCAGAGUAUUGAUCUUUGAAGAUGCAGAAUCGAAAUCCCGCGGAAAAGUGAUAUCGCAUCACCGGAAAUCUGAAAAGAAGUCAGCCUUCUUCGCUAAGUUCGAGCUUCUGUUAAGCGAAGGAAUUUCAGUUUCAGUUAUGAACAAUGCUCCCGAAGAACUAUUAUAUAUCUCGUUGAAAAAUAUCUAUGGAACCUAUUGCUUGGCAAGUGCAUCAUCAAAUGCAAAACUUAAAGUGAAAGCGUCAUAUCUUCAAAUCGAUAACCAGCUUCUGAAUUCACUCAGAAAUCAAACGGUCAUUUUUCGCCCCUUAUUUGACCUUGAAGGCAGAAACAGCAGCAAUCCUCCCGUGUUUUUAGACUUAGGCUGUGAAUACGAACCGGAUACGGAAUACGAAAAUUGUAAAAUAAUCCACAAAUUCCAACUGAGUCUCGGUCAAUCGAGCAUUCUAGUUGUUGAACGUCUUUUACUGAAACUAGUGCAAUUCAUCGAACAAUGCAGGGGACCAGAAAACGAGGUAAAAUUGUGGAACCCAAACCAAGUGAUAGAUGCUUCGCCUCCAGUUCCCGCGCAAUCUAAAUUGUUUCUCCAGGAGUUUUUAGUCAAUAAAUUUUCUAUUUAUGUAACGGCACAGACCAGCAGGAAUAUAAGCAAUGAACUGCAGAUGAUCAAGUCUAAGUACAAACUGGCUCUGAUUUCAUUCGACGGAGCCAAACUGGUGUUCAAACCGUUUUACUGUCACGACAUCAUGCUCUCAUUUGACAUGUUUUUGCAAGACCUGACUCGCAACUAUAAGUUGGCUUUAAUGAAGCAAGCGUUGCACGUUUUGGGUCACAUGGACUUUCUCGGCAAUCCGAUUGGCUUGCUAAAAGAUGUGAACAGCGGUGUUCGGCAGAUCGACAAUUCGGCGGAUUCGGUCUCUAACUUCGCGCGAUUUGUAACCAAUAGCGUUUCGAAUAGCACGAGCAAAAUAGCGGAAUCUCUGUCAGACGGAAUAGGAUCUUGGUUUUUUGACGAGGAAGAUCAAGAACAGCGAGAAUUGUUCAGAGAGACCUACUCUAAAGGAGUUUCGAGUAAUAUGUGCGGAGGAGUCUUGGGUUUAGUUAAAGGCGUAACAGACGGAAUAAAAGGCAUAGCCACCCAGCCCUACAAAGGAUUCAGAGACGGCGGGGUUACGGGUGGAAUUGUUGGCGUGAUGCGGGGCGUCACUGGAGCUAUAGCGAAACCGUCAAUUGGAGUGUUGGACUUCGCUUAUUUUACUGCCAAUGCGAUGAAAUACACGACGUCUACUGAGAUCGAGAGAGUGGAGCGGUUCAGAAUCCCUAGGUGCUGCACGUACUCUAAGUUAGUAACUGCCUAUGAUGACAGCAUGGCAAGGAACCAGGAGUUUCUUUACCAGUUGAAUAAUUUCGACUUAAGCGAGAAGCUGAUUGCGUUCGAAACGGUGCUAAUAAAUCCAGACGCAAUGAAGCGUAUGUUAAUCACGAACAGCCGACUGGUGCUUAUUCAGAACUCCUCCCCCGAAGACAGCAACAUCGAAUUUCAGCUAUGUGUGGAGAGUUUGAUCGGGUGCUCGAUAAUGCGUAGAAAUGGCACAGAUCAAUGCAUUCUAACCAUCGAAAGUCAGCUCACAAGCGAUCCUCUAUUUUUUGAGAAAGAGAGGACGCAAAAAGUGGACUGCGAGAAUAUAGAAGUAGCUAGUAGACUCGAACUGCUCAUAGAAUACGCUAUUUGUAAAUACAAAAAAGACAGCUUUACAUUCAAAUAACCAAUCCUAGUCUAAUUCAAAUGUAUCUAGAUUUCUAAUAUUUUUAGUUUGGUCAUUUGUAAUAUGAGUCUGGUUACCUGUU